AAUGUCAAAAUGAACGCGCUCGUCAACCUCUAUCACCAAUCUGACCGCUUCAUCACACCAGAAACUCUUUCCGACGCCAUUGACCGGGCAUUUACGAGACAGGACAAUUUUCUUGGCGAUGGCGACUCGCAGAGGCACUCCUUCGCGGAAAUAUUGAACAUGCGGGCGCAACAAAGGCAGUCUCCCAAAUUUUACCUUGGUAGAGACCUGUAUACUCACUCCGCCUUGGACUCUUCGCAAAUGGGUCCCGGAUGGACCGAGAGCAAGGAGAAGCGGGUAGAUAGAAUAUACGAGGCUCUCAUGGGCACAACAAGGGAUGGAAAGCCGUCGUGGACAGCCAUCAAGGAAAAUGCUAGGCGUGUCCAAGCUCAAAUGGCCGCCGAUCGC